AUGCUCAAAUUUAAGCCGUUGUUGAAAUCAAGUCUAGGGAGCGAACUACGAAGAGGGCAUUCAGCAUGGGUCAAAACAAAGUAUGUCACUUCAAAAUAGUAUCGUUAUAAGUUAUUUAAGCACUUCUUCUUCUUCUUCGGUUGAUGUUGAACAACUUUUUAUUGACGAUGAAGUGCAAAAGCUUCUCACCAAUCUCACAGAAAUCGAUCUGGAGAAUAAGGUUUCAACUUUACAGUUUCUAUUUUCUUUCAAUAUCAUAGAUAGGUUUUCCGUGCAAGACGUACCACGAUACAACAACGUUCUCAUUUUGCGUUGAUGACUGAAGAGCGGCUGGAGAAAGUGAGUUAUAUGUAUUUAUGAGGCGAGAAAGCUGUGCUGAAUUAUCAUAUUUAGUUAGUCAAAAUUUAUUUGAAGACGUAGUCAUUUUAGAAGUCACGCUUAGAAAAUCGAGUCUUCCAUUUCUAAGUUCUUUUUUCCGAUUUGGAUUUUGAACUUUUGGCUACAAAUAUCCAUUCUAAUUUAUUAAAAAAACAAAUCAAAGUUCAGAAAAGCUUUUUGAAAUUAAGCGGAAAAGGAAAACUAGCUCUUGUCGUAUCUGCGAGUUUGUCUAGCUUUUCAGUGAAAACUUGAUAAAAAUUAAUCUUCGGUAUAUGUGAUACUUCCCAUAAAUUGUCAUUUUUCUGUUAAUCUGUGAUGAAUCGAUAAAAAUAGUCCGCAGCGAGGAAAAAGAACUGAAAGUAUGGGCUCAGACAAUGGAAAGAAUGAGAGAAGAAGCGAGAAGGUUUCUACAAUUCGUUCCCGUGAAAGAGCCGCGGACGCAAACCGUCAAAGUUCUUUCCCAAGAUCCCGAUUUGGAGACUUUUGACACGAGCAAAUUUGUCUUCACCGAUAUAACUUUCGAUGCGACAGAUCAGGUUUUUCUUCUCAACCAAGCUCUGUUUUUUUAUCAACAAAAAUAUGUUCAAAAAAGUCUUCGGCCUCAUAUAAUAAGUUUCCGAAAACUGUAAUAUUUAUUUGGAAGUGAAAGGGAAUUGAGCCAAUCGAGUAAGAAAUUUUAUUCGGUGUUGAGCUUGCAAUUAUCGUAUGCGGAAGAAAAAUCGAAGCUUUUCCGUAUUUAAGUAAUUCAUUGCAACAAAAACUUUCUUGGUAGAUUAUGAGGAAGAUCUGCUGGAUUUAGGACAGAACAGUGGUGGUUCGUGAACCGAAUGGCCUUCUGAGGACUUCCACUCCAGAAGAGCACGACCGCAUGAACAGGACGUACUACCAGAAACCAAAUCGACCCGUAUUCCCUCCCUCUCUUUUUCAGGAUCCUUUUCUGCAGGUUUUUUUUCUCAGCUAUAAUUCUUCAUUUUUCUCGGAUCAGAUGGCUAUGAAUAAAUGUUAAACCCCGUUUUCGCUGUUUCAGGAUGCUCUCGACCGCAAUGAACACGAAUUCGUACUGGACUGGGCUUGUUGGUUUUAUGAACCCGAUGAUCCGGCAUUCAUCGAGGUGUCUGCAGCUUUUUCAAUCUAUCAUGAUCUUUUUUUCAAAGUUGAGCCACAAAAUUUUCGAUCGAAUCAAUGCGAGAAGAAAUUUCGAGACAAUCACUUCUACGCGGCAUUUUGGGCCUUUUGUCUUUUAUCUCGCGUUGAACGAGAACAUUCCGCCUCUCCUGAACCACUUUGGUGGCACUGGAAGGUUUUUUUUCCAGAGUUUGUGCAAGAAGAUUUUUUUGUAGAAUAAAAGAGUGUGCGAACUUGAUUAGACUGCAAAAAACCCUGCGGCCCGAUUGGCGUGUGACCAUUGCUAAAGGCGACUCUGACGAAAAAAUCGUCAAAGACUAUUUGAAACAGGUGGACGAUCCUCUGCAAACUUUCUUCGCAAUUUUCGGUUCAGAAUAACCGAUUCCGCGAUGAACUCACAGACCUGGUCGCUUUCCUGGAGAGAGGUGUCAUAAAGAGCAAACUUCAGUCAAGAGAAACGAGAACUGUAGCAACGGGAGCGCGAAAACAGGUUUAUUUUGUUCCCUUCUGCUAAAUGAAAAUUCACAGUGGUUUCAAAAUGGAUAGAACUUCCAUUUCCUUCUCAGUUGAUAAAAAUAUAGUUUCAAGUUUCAAUUACCGAUCAGGGUUAUCUAGCUUAAAUCAGAAGAUUUCGAACAAAAAAAUUUUCGAUGCCACAAAACUUUUUCGAAUCUAAAAAAAUCGUAUUUUUUUUUUUACUUUUUGAAGAGAACGUAUAUGUUCUUCCUUCUUUUUCACUCGAAUAAAUUCUCUGAAGUGGAGCACCGAAAGGCGCUUCAUGUCAAAGUUAUGAAAGAUAAAUAAGAAAAAAUCUGUUCCUUUUUUCCAAUGUAAAUUCCAAAAAAAAAUUUGCUAGAGUCUCGUAGUGCUCUGAAGUUCUUGGAAAUGCUUGGUACAUAUUUUUUGAUUUCGGUCGCUUUUAAAUGGGGAGAAAUUCAAUUUUUUCGGUUGAGAGCUAUUUGGAAACUCGUGGACACAAUAUUGUUUAUUCGUGAAAGUUCCUAUGUGUACAAUUUCCCUAAACUGUGAAAAAAAAAAACAGAUUAAGGCUCCUAAAGGCUCCCCGCAGUACACCAAAAAGCUUUUGAGAAAAUUUCCUAAGGACAAGAGUACAAUAAGCUCACUCAGGAUAGAUUUCGAGUGAACAUUUCCGACAAGUUUUGUUUAAAAAUAGAAGCAAUUACGGAAGUUUUUGAAGGCGACAGUGAAUGCACGAAAUGUACGAGGCGCCGAGGGUCCGCUGGGCAAUCUGAGCGAAGAAUACGCGGUGAAAGUUGUGAAGAGCGAAGGAUCCGAGGGCGGCGACUUCGAGCAGCGCAAACUGGACAAGACGCCUCAACGUCGAGGCCGAUGGCAGCGCAGUUCCUCCAAGCCCCGCAACAAGAACGAAUGA